AUGAAAACAGAAUCAUUUAUGAAUAGACCAAUCCAGAAGAAUGGUAGACCAAUCAAUAAUAUAUACACUUCCUCAUUCCCGACACGGCGUGGGAUUCUGGACAUAGAUUCUACGCCUCAAAAGAGUCAUGGUCCAAAGGAAAUACCAAGCUAUUAUCAACGCUUGAAUAAAUAUUCUACAUUAACAAAUCCACCAACUAAAAAAGUCGAUAUUCCUUGCUUUCUCCCAAAUAAAGAUGAUAUUAUCGACUCAUUUGAAGAAAAUACAGUCUCAGAUUUUACAUUUAAUGAAUUCAACAAUUUGAAUGAUGGUAAAUUUAAACAUCACAAUGAGGUGUUCAUAUCCUCCGAUGACAUUUCAACAAGGUUGAUUCGAACCAAUUCUGCCGUAUCGUCGAAAAAAAGCUCCCAAUUAGAAAUAAUUGUAAGAGCUAUAGUCGAAGACCCAAAAUCAGCUACUAGUAUAAAUCUAUCAAAUAAAAAUUUGACAACGAUACAAAAUUUCAAUGAAAUAUUGCCUAAUGUUUUCAGUUGCAAUGUAAGCUUUAAUAGCUUAGUAUCUAUAAGAGGAUUGAAUAAGAAUAUUACAACCUUGAAGGCAUCAAACAAUAAACUUGGGUCACAUACAUGUCAUUUGGAUUUGUUACCCCAUUUAGAAGAUCUUGAUUUAUCCUACAAUUGUUUAGGACCAGAUUUGAAACUUCUGUCGCUUUCAUUACAUUUAAGAUUUGUCAAUUUAUCACACAACAAUAUUAGCAGUUUGAAUGGUUUAUCCCUUUCAAGAAUUCCCAUUGAAAGCCUGAAUUUAUCAUAUAAUAAGAUUAGCGGGUUCAUCGAUUUCAAACAAAUCUUAAAUAACGUGAACGGCUGUGAGCAGAAUUGGUCCCGUCUAAAAAACUUAGAUUUGAGUAAUAAUAACAUUGUUUCCAUUAAAAAUGUAUCCUUUCUUAAAAAUUUACAUUCAAUAAAUUUGGAUAAUAAUCCAAUGAAAUUUUUACAAGAAACAACUCACCAAAUUAGUCAGUUACAAGCAUUAUCGAUAUUAGGAACAAAUUUUUGUCUGAAUGACAUAUUCAUAAGGCAGGUCAGCGAAUUACCUUUCACGAAAUUAACUAUCUUAAAAUUAGAUGGUUUCAAAAAAAUUUCAAAAUGGACCUUUUUACCCAAAAAUCUGAAAGAGUUAACAAUUAAAAAUUGUUUUAUAAAUUGUCUACCAAAUUGGAAAAAUUUGCCAAAGACUCUCUUGACUUUACGAUUAGAAUAUAUCAAUGAUUUAACUGAAUUACCUAAGGAUUUCAACUUAUUUUUACCACUUUUGAAAGAAUUAUAUCUACCAAACAACAAUUUAAGAAGCUGUUACAAUCUUAUUGAAAAUAUCCCAAACAAAAGUUUAGUCAAAGUUGAUUUAAGAAAUAAUCCGAUUGCCAUUGACUAUGAGAGUAAGUUUGAAAAUAUUGAUGAAAAUAACGUAAAUUUCACAACUACAAAUAGAAGCGUUAAUCUAAGAGAACUUAUAGAGCUUGCUUGUCCCAAAAUUAAAACCAUUUUAUUAACUAGUAGUGACUAA